CGCCCGUCCGCCGUGGGAUUCGUUCUCAGGCAUCGAGACGGAUCGCACGUACAUGGUGUUAGGAGCAGUUUGAGUUAGGGAAAGUUAAGUGAGGUUAGGCGUUCGGUAAUUUGAGUCAGAACCAGUGUUGAUCUUCGUAUUUGUUUGUGAUAUUCGUAACGCUUGGGACAAUGCCGAGGAAGCAGAACAAGUCGUGGGGUGGACGAGGUGGGAACAACCACCGAGGGGGAAACGAUCAGGACAAGCCGUACUUCGGCCAUGAUGACCGAGGAAGAAAUAUGGGAAGGGAUGGUGGUGGACCACAUGUCGGUCCCAUCAAGCAUCGCGUUUCGUUCAAGGCUCUCAAUAGACCAAACAAUAGGGAUAUGUCGAGAAAUUUGGCAUUAGCGAGUUUAGAUGAGGAUAUUCCGAUGACCGGUUCUAAUAACAAUGCCAGGCAGGUGAUAAUCAAUCAGAGGGAUAAUAGAGAUAGGGGCGAUAGGAAUUGGAGGACCGUUCCCCGCGGAAGGAAUAGUCCCAUGCCGAAUAGGCAUUUCAAGGGAGGUCAGCCAGGUCCUAGGAUGCGACCUCUUCCUUUGGGAGAAUCCAAUUGGUAUAGAAUUAUUAUACCAUACGGUCAUAAGUACGAAAAAGAGUUUGUGAUAAAUACUCUAUUGAAUAUGGUACCUCAAGUCAUUCCAAUAAUGUACAAGAUAAUGGGGAAUGAAGCUGUUUUCUACGUGGAUGAUCAGAAGAUUGCAAAUGCGUUAAUGAAUUGCGAUCGUAAGAUUACAAUGAACGAUGGGUUUAAGUUACAAGUGAAGGUCAAACCAGGUUUCCCUGCUUGUGAGAUUGACGAUAAGUUGAAAGACAGAUUGAAGCAAGCAAUGGUUAAGAGAUAUGUACAAGAGACAAAUGCUCUGAAUUUAAGCAAGUUCCAUCUUGAUCCGGAACUUUAUACUGACUACUUUUGCAUCAACGAUGUACGACGACGCUUUCCAAAGCUGCUGCGCUUAGAUGGCGUCGAAUUACCACGACCGAUUGUCUUUGAUGUUGCUGAUGAAUCUGCCAAAAUUCCUCCAUCACAGAGGCUGUUUGUUGCCGAUGGAAAAGCGCAAGAGAUAGCGAGUCAGUUUUUGCAUCAGUAUUUUACGAUAUUUGAUACUGAAAAUCGUCAACCUCUACUUGAUGCGUAUGACGAACAUGCAAGCUUUAGCAUGACGAUAACCACUGCCCACAAUAAUAAAUUAAAUGGGUAUAUCAUGGAAAGUCGAAACCUGUUUAGAAUAAAUGACACCACCAGGCGACAGAAAUUGUUAAAACAGGGAAGAUUGCCUGUAGUUUCUUUUGUGUCAGAAAUGCCGCGAACAAGGCAUUUGUUGAAUACCUUUACGAUGGACAUCUCUCUUGCUACACAAUCGAUGAUGUUCAUUACGAUAACGGGUUACUUCCAAGAACUCGAUAACAAAGACGAACCAAUUCGUUACUUUAAUAGAACUUUCAUAAUUGUCCCGGAAGGCGAAGGGUAUUGCAUUCGAAAUGAGCAGUUGCACAUUAGUCAGCCACCCGAGGCACUAAUGAAGCAACUGCAUCAACAGUUGAGUCAGCUAAACAGUCAGCCAACCCAGCCGGAGACGCCGGCGCUGGGAUCCGCGGAAGUAGCGAAGUCCGUAGUCCCGGAACUUAGUAACGAUAUAAAGCAGCAGAUGACGGUGACGCUAAGCCAGCAGACAAAUAUGAAUCUGGAAUGGAGUUUGAAGUGCUUACAAGAAACACAGUGGAACUACGACAACGCACUCUCGGCCUUUCAAGAGUUCUACAAACGUGGACAGAUACCGUCAGAAGCGUUUACGAAGUAAACACGUAUGUGAGUAAAAAAAAAAGACACUGUGAUAAUAAGUAGUAUAAGAAAGAUGUGAGAGCGCGGACUUGUAAAAACAUCAAAUUCUAUUUCAUCAAGUUUCAUUCCGUUUAGAUAUUAGUUUAAUUAUUAGUUAUAUUAGUUUUUUCUACGCGUAUACUUAUUUGUAUCUUGCAUCAGAACCUGAAUAGAAUAUAUUUGGAUAUUUGUUACUUUGAAUUUCCAAUAACGAAAGACAAUUGUUUAUUUUUGGAAAGAAAAAAAAAAGUAUUAGAAAAUGGAAUAUAAUAAGAUACAUUAAUAUAAUUCCAUCAGAGAAAUAUUUUAAACGUAUCUAUAAAAUCCUCUUGUCUUUACAUUUUAUUUUUCACAAAAUUGCACACAGUAUAUGUGAAUGAAUGUAGUUAAAAGUCACAAUUUCAAUCUCAUUACAAUCUCAACAUGUAAGAAAAGUCAUGUUUAUUUUUCAUAUUGUGAUU